AUAUCACAAUUUAAUUUAAUUUGUGUCUCUGUAAAGUUGAAAAAGCUAACUCUUGUUUUUUGUACAUGAAAAUCACUUAACUUUUAUAACAAUAUUCACCUCCUGAGGAAGUUGAGUGUGGGGGCGAACUUUCACUGCUUUAAGUAUAUGAUCGACCCAAAAUGUGAGGACAUUGGAGGAACUACACAAACCUGUUGAGCAGUUUCUUGGAGAUUUUUUUAGCGCAAUUGAUGUUCGUCUGUCCAACAGGAGUUACCAUCAGUCUUUUGUUCAGAUAUGUCAUGUUUCCAAGGAUUAUUUUUCUGUCCAGAGGCAGCUUCUUUACUACUUCACAACUUCUGCAUAUAUCAUAUCAGUCCUCCCAGACAUGAGGUUAGAAAAAUUGUUGCUAUUUUGGAACUUGAUGUUGUUUUCUAUCCUUGUCCAAGAAAUGGUCCAAAUUUCCGUCCAAAGGUUCUUCAGAUGGGUGGUAAACUGCAGUUCCCCUACAUGGACAACGAGUUUUUCUUUGAGUUUGGCUGCAAAACAGGACAAAACUAUCAUGGCAGAAUGGUUGCCUGAACUUAAGACUGCUAUUUUGAGUGCUCAACAGAGCUUGGAAGAUUGCAAAUAUGUCGGUGGAUUGGAUUAUGGCAAGUGUCUAAUUACUGGUGAACCACAUACUAUAGAUGAUAUUGUACCAAUCAAGACAGGGAAGGUAUGGUGGUAUUCUUCUAAUAUUGGGUGUGGAUUUUGUACUAAAAGCCCUCUUGUUGUGCUUUACUUUUCAAGAGAAGCAAAUCUGCAACCCAAAGGGUUCUUCACAAACAUCUUCAUGGUGAGGUAGUGGAAUACAGCUAUAAAGUUUGUCACAGAGAAUACUAACAUCCUCGUACUG